AUGCACUCGUUAUCCUCGGCGGAGCGCAGACGCUCCUGCAGACGAUCUACGUGGACGAAACUGAAGCCCUCGAAGCCAUCGCUAUUGAUGAAACAACAGGUCGGAUUGCUGAGAGACGCUGAAGGUUCGAGCUCCGUCGCAGACUUGAGAGACCUCGAUGAUGGCAUCGAGGAUUGGGCGACAUCUGAGACUAACGGGAAAGGACGAAAACAGUGGUCCCUGGCUCACGCUUUCCGUCCGCAAGACGACAAUGAGGCUGUCAACACGCUGUCGUGGGGCUCUUCCGAUGAGCUCCUUGUCGCUAACUCCAGUCUCGCUGUAUGGUUCUUGAAUGACACACCUCGCCUUGUAUGGAAGAAAAAGCUGGCGAACCCCGCCAAAUUCGCGCAAUUUUCUCCUGACGCGGAAUUGGUUGCGACCACUGGACACUAUGACCGGCUCGUCAAAAUCUGGCGCAGAUUGGCCUUCGGUGCUGACGACGUGCGGUUCGAGGUUUCCUAUCUUCCUCAUCCUGCUGCGGUCACCGGGAUACACUGGCGAAAGCCGUUCCACCGCGAACAAUCGAUGGACAAUGUCCUCUAUACUAUAUGUGCGGACAACAAGAUCCGGGUGUGGACGGUCACGGAUCAUCAGGCUGUCUCACCCAUGCAGCUUUGGGCAGAGAUUGAUAUGAAUGAAUCGAUCCAGCCAAGGGACGUUGCGCAGGCUGAGAAGGGAGGCCGUCGAUAUGGUUUCAUUAUAGAUAGUCGAGAUUUCUCGGCUGCAACCGAACGAGCAGUGCAACGGAAUACCAAAAAGGAUAACCUCGCUCUGGAACAUAUCGUUGAGGUAGCGAACAAAAGUCCAGAGAUCUGUGUCAUCGUUGAUGGCAAAGGUCAUAUGUCUGCGUGGGCUCUCGAGAACGUUGGUUCUAAAGCAAGGUCUCCGACGGAUGUCUUCAAUAUCCUCCAUAUUGAGGGUCUACAUUUCUCAUUUGCGCCGGGCGCGUCGCCCGAAGAGGAUUACGCACAGUUCUAUUCGUUUGUAGCCUCCACGUCCGGAGACUCAUUGACGAUCUUGGUCCACCACUUCGACGGGCGCAUAGAAUGGUUUGACUCACAAGUGGACGUGCUCUUCGACCCAACGCCGCGCAAGAACAGGUUGACAUCGCGGGGGAUCUGGUCUGGUCACACAGAACCGAUAAAGAAGAUUGUCCGCAACGCAAGCGGACAUGUUCUUGUAUCGCGAACCGAUGACAACAAUGCUAUGAUCUGGAGACAGAGGACCCAAGGCUCUGGUCCUGUUCUUGUUUGCCAGAGCUCGAUAUCGUCUACCGAGCAUAUCCAUCGGACCUGUGUGAUUGGCGAUGGGCAGUUCCUUGUGAAUCUCCACCACCACAGCAUAUCCUUAUGGGAUAUCCGCUCCUCUCCUGCUGAGAGGCUAGCGGUUUGCAAUUUUUCGUUGUCUGGCAAGCCGCUUUGUGUCUUGUUGAUCCCUAACGCGGAGCCUGUUGAGAAUCCGGUGUACGUGGCCACUAUUGGAGCAGACAUGAAAGGUGUCGCCUGGGAAAUCCAUCUGCCUUUUAGUAAGCACCAUACAGCCAUCACUAAUGGAACUGGCGCAUUGAUGCGUCAAUUCUGUACCUUCAGCCUAGGUUUGGAAGAGGACGUCUCUUAUAUCCUGCCUGUUGAUCCUGCCGGUCAACGUGUCAAGACGUCUAAUUUUCUUGAUGCCUUCGCUGCCGAUAUAGCCAUUUCCUAUACGCCUACUGGAACGAUCCACACAUGGGCUGCCAAAAUUGAUAAGGAGCAGGGAAAACUAGAUUGGUUGUUGACGUCAACCGUUGAAACUGGCAUUGCGAAUCCUUCUCUUGCAAGCGGCAGCUCGAUUCGCAAAGCUGCUCUUGUCGACCAAGAGCGCACUCACCUCACCAUUUGGGAUACGAGCGGUGCUCAGCUGGAAUUUGAAGAGCGGUUUUUGCCCCAUGACAUGAUCCGCGACCUCGAUUGGACCUCGACUCCGGACAUGCAAUCGAUUCUCGCUGUCGGAUUUCCACAUAAAGUCAUCUUGCUGUCCCAACUCCGUUAUGAUUAUCUUGACUCGGGUCCAUCCUGGACACAGAUUAGGGAGAUACGAAUUCGUGACCUGACGCCUCACCCGAUCGGCGACUCUUGCUGGUUAAGCAAUGGAAAUCUGGUUGUUGGCGCGGGGAAUCAAUUGUUUGUGUAUGACAGGCAUAUCGAGAUCAGCAACCGCCUUGUUACGGAGUUGCGUAUACCCUCUCAUGGUAGUUCGGUUGUGGAUCUCUUUGACGUCGUGUCUCGACUGAAUGGACCGCUACCUGUGUUCCACCCGCAAUUCCUUGCCCAAUGCAUCCUAUCCGGCAAGACGAACCUGGUUCAUUCUAUCCUGCUGAAUCUGCAUAGGAAGCUCAAGUUCUACACCGAGGGUGAUGAGCUUGAUUCUUUCCUUGGCAUGCCUAUCGAAGAUUUCUAUCGAGAGACCGAUGUCAUGCAAAAGGCAGCAUGGAAGGAGCUGCGGUCCUCAUAUGCAGAUUUCUCCACGGAUGAUGAGUCGCAGACCUUGGAUGAGAAUGUGGCUGCCAUCGUAAACGAAAAUCUUACACGAGUGACACUGCCUCAACUAUCAAGCCAGGAGCAGUUCCGCCUGGCCGAUACGAUAGAGUGCGUUGCUACAGUUGAGAAGCAUCGACGCUCGAUGGAUGAUAAUGCUGCCCGCUACCUGCUCUUCUUUCGCCAGCACAUGCUGCGGAGAAGCCAGGGACUUUCCAACAAGAAUACUGUAUCCUGGAGAGAAAUUGUGUGGGCAAUGCAUAGCGGCAGCCAGGAUAUACUAACAGACUUGGUAUCCCGACAAUUCAAUGGCAAGAUGGUGUGGAAGUCCGCGCGAGAGAGUGGUAUCUUUAUGUGGUUAUCAGACCUGACGGCCCUGAGGGCACAACUGGAAGUAGUCGCUCGAAACGAAUACACAAAGACGGAGGAGAAGAACCCGGUUGACUGCUCUCUCUAUUAUUUAGCUCUGCGAAAGAAGAAUGUGCUACAAGGAUUGUGGCGGAUGGCAAACUGGCAUCGCGAACAGGCUGCCACUCAGCGUCUCUUGGCCAAUAACUUUCAGGAGGCGAGAUGGAAGACUGCGGCAUUGAAAAAUGCGUACGCGUUGCUUGGGAAGCGUCGAUUCGAGUAUGCUGCCGCUUUCUUUUUGCUGGCGGACCAUUUGCGUGAUGCUGUCAACGUCUGCAUAAAUCAGCUGGGCGACCUUCAAUUGGCCAUUGCUAUCACGAGAGCUUAUGAGGGCGAUGAUGGGCCGACCCUGAAGGAAAUACUCGAAGAAAAAGUGCUUGUAGAGGCUGCCGCAGAGGGUAAUCGGUGGAUGGCGUCUUGGGCAUUCUGGAUGCUUAACCGCCGCGGUAUGGCAGUGCGCUCUUUGAUUAUGGCUAACGAUUGCUUUCAGUCGCCUAUUGAAUCUUUGAUCCCGCCGACUCCUGCGACCCCUGGAAGCCCAGGAAUGAUAUCACUGCAGGCGAAAUCCUACCUGUCGAAUGACCCUGCCUUGGUUGUUCUCUACAAGCAGCUACGAGAGAAGUCUUUGCAGACUAUAAAAGGUGCUACACAGAUACCGCCUGUCGCGGAAUGGAACUUUGUUCUCCGUAAUGCACGGCUAUACGAUCGAAUGGGUUGCGAUCUCCUGGCGCUUGAUCUUGUGCGCCAUUGGGAGUUCCUUCGCGCACCGCCACCAUCUGCCAACCGAAUACCCACCAGGCUCGAUGAGGAUGCAACGGACUAUCGCAAAUAUCUAAGACGGCGCAGCAGUCUUGUUGUCGCUGACCUGCCUAUCCGUCAUCCGGAGCUGUCAAUAUCAAACGACAUCAAGAGCCCAACGGAAGAACAGAAGCCAAAACCCAAACCAACGACCUUUGAAGAGCCGGACGCGAACUCGCUGCUAGACAGUUUUGGAUUUUGA